UUGGAGCCAGGGAAAGUGCAGAGCCUUGUGGAGACCCUGCAGGAAGAUCCUGAACGUGUCCCCCCCAUUGACGUGCUUUGGGUCAAGGGCAGCGAGGGUGGCGAUUACUUUUACUCC